GUUAUCCGACCGGCCCUGCCUCCCUGCAGCGGGAGGGGGCUCCAGGCACCCAAGGCUGCAGCUCUGGGUCUCCUCCUCCCUCUCCACCCCCCACUUGUCCUGCUGGCUGGUGCACCGCAGCUGGGAGGGACCGGCACAGAGAGGAGGAGAAGCCGCGGCCGGUGGGGAGCAUCGUGCGCCCGGCCCCUCGCUGUACAGCUAGUCCUGCCCGCGUGGGCUGCCCCGGGAUCAGUGCGCAGCAGGACCUGCUGCGGGGCCCCAGGUUUGUCAACAUGGAGAAGGAGGAUAUUGUGGAGGAGAGUGAAGAUCCAGAGCUGUCUAUAGAGGUGGGAAAUGGCACUAUUCCCAUGGAUCAGAAAACUCAGGAGGUAACUGUCUUGGACUGCAAAGGUACAGAUGGAAAUGCACAAACGGAAGAAACUGCUCUGUUGCACAAUUGUGCAAGGCAACUUCAGAAACCGCUGACAGAGUCAAAGCCUCCAAGGAAACUGAGGCAAAUAUUUGCUUGUCCUCCUCAAGGCCUCCUUGCCCGAACAGUGACAAAUGUUGCAACAGUAAUACUUGUCUGGGCUGUGGUCUGGUCCAUCACAGGCAGUGAGUGUCUUCCGGGUGGGAACAUAUUUGGAAUUCUGUUUCUCUUUUUUUUUGCUGUCAUUGGAGGUAAAAUUUUUGGGCUCAUUAGAAUACCAACACUGCCUCCUUUACCUCCUCUCCUCGGGAUGUUGCUUGCAGGUUUUCUCAUCCGAAAUACCCCAUUCAUCAGUGACAUAGUCCAGAUAAAUCCGAAGUGGUCUGCAGCACUGAGAAAUAUUGCCCUUUCCAUUAUCUUGGUCCGAGCUGGGCUUGGCCUUGAUCCAAAGGCUCUGAAGAAGUUAAAGGCAGUCUGUUUAAGGCUUUCUUUCGGGCCCUGCCUCACUGAGACAUGCGCAGCUGCUGUUCUUGCCCACUUUCUGAUGCAUUUGCCAUGGCAAUGGGGAUUUAUAUUAGGUUUUGUUCUAGGUGCUGUCUCUCCUGCUGUUGUGGUCCCCUCUAUGCUGAUCUUGCAAGCAGGCGGGUAUGGUGUUGAAAAGGGUGUCCCGACCUUGCUAAUGGCUGCUGGCAGCAUUGAUGACAUUCUGGCCAUCACUGGCUUCAACACAUGCUUGGGCAUGGCCUUCUCUUCAGGUUCCACGCUUUACAAUAUCCUCCGAGGAGUCCUGGAGGUUGCAGUUGGCAUAGUAGCUGGUGGGCUUCUAGGAGUUUUUAUUCAAUAUUUCCCAAGUAAUGAUCAGGCAUCUCUUGUAUGGAAGAGAGCAUACUUUGUGUUGGGCCUGUCCAUGUUUGCUGUGUUUGGCAGCCUGUACUUUGGUUUCCCAGGAUCAGGAGGACUCUGCACACUGGUCUUGGCCUUCAUUGCAGGCAUGGGAUGGUCAAGUGAAAAGGUGGCUGUGGAAAAAAUUGUUGCAGUCGCAUGGGACAUCUUUCAACCUUUUCUCUUUGGUUUAAUUGGAGCAGAAAUAUCCGUUUUGUCUCUCAGGCCUGAAACUGUUGGGCUUUGUGUUGCCACACUGGGUAUUGCCUUAAUAGUACGAAUCAUUGCCACAUUCCUGAUGGUGUCUUUUGCUGGCUUUAACUUCAAGGAGAAAAUAUUUGUCUCAUUGGCAUGGAUCCCCAAAGCCACUGUCCAGGCGGCAAUAGGUUCCCUUGCCUUAGAUACAGCCAGAGGGCAGCAGGAUGAACAGCUGGAAAAGUAUGGAAUGGAUGUUCUGACAGUGGCAUUCUUGGCAAUCCUGAUCACAGCUCCAAUUGGAGCGCUGGUUAUUGGCCUGGCAGGGCCCAGACUUCUGCAGAAGGCUCAAAUAAGCAGUGGUGAAGAGGAGGAAGGUGUUGGAGGAGGAGAAGCAGAGAUCGCUGGGCCCGCAUAGGAAAGAAACAGUGGAUAGUAUAUUGGUCUCACAGCUGCUGCUACUACUUAGUAAACACAAUGUCUGUACUGUUUGGAAGGAAACUGAAAUAGGUAACAAUCCGUUACUGGUCCUAAGACAACAGCCCCCAUGUUUUGCAAAAUAUUUUUAACUGUUGCUAGAGCCUUAUGAGGAAAGAUGAAAAGAAAUAAAUGUACAGUAUGUAGGCUGCCUAGAUGAUAACUGAUGGGAUAGGAUAAUGGUCUAUGGUUAGUUGACGAGCGUGGGUGUAAACACCACGGAAGAAGUAGUGUUCAGGGUAUAUAACUGGAAGAAAUGAGAUGAAAUUUGAACAGAAGAAAAUUUAGAGUGAACAUCAGGAAUAACUUUCUCAUGUUGAGAUUAGAGAUUGGGGAAUAGGGGGUAAGACCCCCAUCCCUGGAGCCACUUAAAGUUAGACAGGAACAUGCAUCUGACAACUGGUGGACAGUGUAUGGAACAAUCCUGCAUCUAAGACGGUGAUUCUGAACCUUGUCCCAUCUGGGACCCCAAAACCUGUGUUUUCAUGCUGUGAUCCACCCAAGUCUCUUGCAGUCCUUUGUAGUUGCAGAGGAUUGUGUGAUUCAGUCAUAGCAAGAAACUGCAGGAGGGUUUGGGUGGUGAGUGGGUGCACUGGGGAUUGGGGUAGUGCUUGUGGGAGUUGCUUGCUGGAAGGCUGAGUUUGGAGCUGGUAGGGGGAAUGGCUGGGGGGUUGACUGGAGGGGUUGUUUACGGUUGGGAUGGCUACUACUAGGGAUGUUUCAUUUUCUGCUCCCUCCUGCACACACACAACUCAGGCUGGGUCUACACUACCCGCCUGAAUCGGCGGGUAGAAAUCAACCUCUCGGGGAUCGAUUUAUCGCAUCCCGUUGGGAUGCGACAAUCGAUCCCCGAAUCGACGCUCUUACUCCACCAGCGGAGGUGGGAGUAAGCGCCGUCGACGGGAAGCCGCAGAGGUCGAUUUUGCCACCGUCCUCACACGGGGUAAGUCGGCUGCGAUACGUCGAAUUCAGCUACGCUAUUCACGUAGCUGAAUUUGCGUAUCUUAAAUCGACCCUCCCCUGUAGUGUAGAUGUAGCCUCAGUCCUGGGACACCAGCAAACUUGGCCAGAGAGGUGGCUCAGCAGGGGAGGAUGCUUAGUGGAUGGAGCAGUCCCACACUCCCUGGGGGCAGGACCCAGGGCGGGGGAUGGAGGGGGAAGAGGGUGCUAAGCCCCUGCCUGGGCCGUGGUGCGGGCGGGGGGAAGGUGUCUGCUGUGGAGCCUGCAGGGCCAGGGCAUGAACAGGCUGGAAAUCGCUUCCCCCACACCACUCCAGAGCUUAGCUGAAAGGUGGAGAGGCAUCUCUAUGCCAGUUCAGUGUGGGGCUUUGGCACAUGCAGGGCUUGGCUUCUCCUGGCCAGUGCCCUGGGCUGGAGGAUUUUGGGCUUUCCAUGACUGCCAUGGCAAGUACCAUGGAAAGAAAGAGAGUGACCUAGAGAAACACUGCAUGGAGCAAUAGAGAGAGGAGCCAGAUCCAUCAACGUGGCACUCAGAAGCCUGAACAGACCAGCACAAAACCAAAAUGAAUGGUGGAAACUGGUGGAUGCCCUGCACACCUGAGGAUAAAGGAGAAGAAAGAAAUAUUUGAAUGUAUCUCUCCCUCCCACCCAGUUUUUACAAGAGAGGUAUGUACUUAUCAAGGUUUGUUAGCAUGGAGUGAUAUGGAUCUUUCUAGAAAGGCAGGUUCCAUAUGGAUUGGAAGUGCAGCAAUACCUGGAAAUGUACGUCUUGAUUGAUUUUUCCUUCAGAAAUCUCUCACCAGGGGGAGCAAAAGGCUCAGACGUGGGGGGGUUUUCUUAAUACAGGUUUCAGAGUAGCAGCUGUGUUAGUCUGUAUCCGCAAAAAGAACAGGAGUACUUGUGGCACCUUAGAGACUAACAAAUUUAUUUCAGCAUAAGCUUUCGUGGGCUAGAGCCCACUUCAUUGGAUGCAUAGAAUGGAACACACAGAAAGAAGAUAUUUAUACAUACAGAGAACAUGAAAAGGUGGGAGUAGCUAUACCAACUGUAAGAGGCCAAUCAAUUGAGAUGAGCUAUCAUCAGCAGGAGAGAGAAAAAAAACUUUGAAGUGAUAAUCGAGAUGACCCAUAGAAGGUGUGAGGAUAUUUUAACAUGGGGAAAUAGAUUCAAUUAGUGUAAUGACCCAACCAUUCCCAGUCUCUGUUCAAACUUAAGUUAAUUGUAUCUAAUUUGCAUAUUAAUUCAAGUUCAGCAGUCUCUCUUUGGAGACUGUUUUUGAAGUUUUUUUUGUUGCAAAAUUGCCACCUUCAAGUCUGUCACUGAGUGGUUAGAGAGAUUGAAGUGUUGUCCCACUGGUUUUUGAAUGUUAUGAUUCCUGAUGUCAGAUUUGUGUCCAUUUAUUCUUUUGUGUAGAGACUGUCCCGUUUGGCCAUUGUAUAUGUAUAAUACAAACACUAGUCUUCUUACUGUUGCAUCAGUCUUUCCCACACAUUCAAUACAAUCUAAUUCAGAUCUAAUUUCCAAAAUAACCUGUUAUAAAUUGUAUCUUCCUUCCCCACCUCUCAAGUUGGAAGCAAGCCUCCAACAACCAGUCCUUUCUAAUCAAGGUCAAAAUCUGCUCCUUCCAUUGGACCUGCCACCAGCCUUAAGCCCUCAAUUAGGUGUGUGGUAUUGCCUGCUGCAGUGAAAAAGCGCCUGAUGAUAUGUUCUCAGCGCCCCUUUUUCCAGCGGAACCUUGGAGUGGCAGACAAGCUCACUCUCUGAGGAGCUGCUUCCCCUACUCCAAUCAGAGGUAUGGAGUCAUUAAAACAUCUUUCAGGAAGAGAGCAUCCUAUAUUAUUGUGGGGAGGGAUAGCUCAGUGGUUUGAGCAUUGGCCUGCUAAACUCAGGGUUGUGAGUUUAAUCCUUGAGGGGGCCACUUAGGGAUCUGGGGCAAAAUCAGUACUUGGUCCUGCUAGUGAAGGCAGAGGGGGCUGGACUAGAUGACCUUUCAAGGUCCUUUCCAGUUCUAGGAGAUAGGAUAUCUCCAUUAAUUUUUAAAAAAUUAAUUAUUUUUUGAUUGAGGAGGGAGUACUGCAUUUGAACUCCAUACUGGUGUUCAUCUGCCUGCUUUUACUAACCAUACUGAAUUGUUUUUAUAGUACUGUGUACGUUUGAUGUACCCAGAGACUUUGGGCUCCCUUUAAUGUUGGCAGGGGGUUAAUCAAUUUUAUGUCCAGUGCUUACAUUGUUAACUCUAAGUUUAAAAAGGGAAAAAAACAUAUUUUCUUAAAAAAAAAAAAAAAAUGUUGUGCAAUUCUGAAAUGGCAUUGUGUGUGUGUGUGUGUGUGUGUGUGUGUGUCAUACAUACAUACAAACACAACAAAAAACUUCAGUAAAAUCCGGUUAAGAUUGAUAGAGUACUCAUAAUAUAUAUACAAUCAUAAAAAAGCCAGAAAAUGUAGUAAAGUUUUCAUUUAAACUA